AUGGUCAACCACAUGUGUGGUGACAAAACUGAGGAAAUUCGAGGAAGUUUCAAUGGCUUCUGUAUACUCCUAUCCCAAGUUCGUUCGAACUUCCGUGGGCGAACGGGCGCGGCUCUGCUGCUGGAGUCUCUGGUUAAUGUUGUUCUCGGUCCACAGGAAGACACUAUUAUGACUACUGGAAUGCACUCCAUAAGAGUGUGUUUCUGCAUCAAGUGCCUUGAGAAUAUCGGGUGGACGUAUGAGGAAGCCUUUGAGGACGAUCAGAAAUACAAAGAGCAUCGGUACGGCUAA